AUGUCAAACAACCUAGCAUCACUAAUCAACGAAGAACUGCAACGGGCAACCCCCACGCCGGCACAGCGACUCAACGUCAUCGAACAAGCCAUCUCUCGCCGGGUCGAGGCCGAGUACAAGGACGACAUCAUCGCGCACAUGGCCACGAUGCAACAGCAGACCCUGCCCGAGGCUUCGAUGAUGGAUCUGCAGCCUGAACUCGAGUGGCACAUGCGUCCCUACCUUCUGGACUUCAUCGUCGAGACUCAUGUGACGCUGCGACUCCAGCCCCAGACGCUGUUUCUCGCCAUCAACCUGAUUGACCGGUACUGCUCCAAGCGAGUGGUGUACAAGAAGCACUACCAGCUGGUGGGAUGCACCUGCCUGUGGAUCGCAGCUAAGUACGAGGACAAAAAGAGCCGGGUGCCGACUAUCUCGGACCUCAAACACAUGUGCUGCGGCGCCUACGAGGAGGACAUGUUCUGCCAGAUGGAGGGCCACGUGCUCAACACCCUGGAAUGGACCGUGGGCCACCCCACCACCGACUCGUACCUGGACCUGUUUCUGGGGCCCGAGAGCCAGCAGGUGACACAAACCAUCAGACACGUGUCUCGUUACCUGUGCGAGAUUGCUCUCUACCCGCGGACCUUCUUUUCGUUCGCCCCCAGUCUCGUGGCCUCGUGCGCCCGAACCCUGGCCUACCAUAUUCUCGGCAUCCCCUGCCCCAACCCCAACAUGCACUCCUCCAUCUACCCGUCGUCGGCUGGAGGAAACAGCGCCGAGAUGCACUGUCUGUCGACCCUGGCCCAGCACAUGCAGCAGCCGUCGCGGGCGGUCCAGAAGAAGUACUCACGCCAGUCGUACUGCAACGCCGCCCAGAUUGUGCAGAGCUUUGUGUCGCAGGCCGCCAACAGCAACCCCACUGCGAUCCCCAACCCGGCCACCCCUCCCCCAACCCUUUCGGCGCCCCACUCUCCUGCAUCUUCCAUCCACACCACCUUUUCCGAGGCCAGCACCCCGUCAUCGGCGUACUUUCCCAUUAGCCAGCAGAAUUCGCCUGCUAAUGUGAAACAGCAUUUUUCCCCCCAGGUGUACUCCAUGAGCAAUUUGAGCAAUGUGAGCGUCAACUACAGAUGA